AUGAGCAGAAGGCGGAGUAAGGAAGCAGAAUUCUACAAUUCGCCGAAUAAUAAUAUUUUAAUUUUCAAGACCCGACGUUUCACCUGGAAUGCGAUGCGUGCGGCUCAACGUCAAGGUCGAGCCAUCGUGUUUGCAACUGAUUCGGCGGAGGAAUGCGAAGUUUUGUGUGAUCGGGUCGGCAUUGUUUAUAGUGGGAGGUUGCUAACAGUUGCUACUGUGCAGCAACUGAAGAGGAGCGUAACCAAUAUGAAUUCAGAUAUAGGAAAUUUUGUCGUCAUCGAAUUGUGCCCUGCGACAGCAUACGACAAAAGCGAGGUUAUCGACACCAUAAGAAGAGCUUUCCCGCAUGCAUCUUCGCUCCCAAACACGUCUUCCUGUCCUCAGAUGCUGAGAUGGAAAAUACCUUUCCCUAAGGAAGCGAGUACAACACAAUAUCUUGACCUUCUCAAAGAGGUCAUACGAUUACUUCCACUUCGAGAGAGCUCUAUUAUACGCGCGCCAUUGGAUAUCGUUGCGCAAAAUGUUUCCGACGCCUUAUCUGAAAAGAGCAAUUCAGAAAAGAAAAAUUAG